UCUCUUGAAUUUUCAACCGAGUCGUAUAAACAGUGUAGAAAAUACAGGCGAGGCGACGCUCCGGAUCAAUUCAAGCAUAGUUUUCGCAAUAAGGUUGGAGUUUUCGUUUGCAUUGCAUUUAUCGUUCAAAGGGGUAAACGGUGAAAAACAGUGUUUGUGCAACCACUAACAGAAUGAGAAAGGAAAAUUUAAAGCGCAAAAAUGCCGAGAAUGGCGACAACGAAGCAAGAGAAGCAUCGCCGGCCGAUCACGAGGAAAAAGAGGGCAAUGAUCGCGAGGUUGAGAAUGAAAGCGGCAAAGAAAAUGGUGAUUCGAAAAAGGCAUCCGUUUCCGAUGACGACUUUGAAGAUGCCGAAACAGGCGAUAAGGCGGAGAACGGUGACGAUACCAAGGGUGAGAACGGUAAAGAUGCGGAUGAAGAGGAAGACGAUAAGGAUGAGGACGAGGAAUCCGAACCAUUGGUAAAAAAAUCCAAGAAGGAAGCCGGAGGUAAAAAAGAGAAGAAAGCGGCUAAGGCGGCCAAAAAACCGGCCAAGGCGAAGGCAGGAAAAAAAGCAAAGGAAGUCGUUCAAAAGGAAGAGGAAGGCGACGAUGAAAAGGAAGAUGAAGAAUAUGAAGUUCAAGAUAUUGUCGAUCAUCGUAAGGAACGUGGCGGUAAAAUGGUAUAUCGCAUACGUUGGAAGAAUUUUGGCAAAGAUGACGAUACCUGGGAGUCGGAGGAUACUCUCUCAUGUCCGGAUAUCAUCAAAAAGUAUAAGGCAAAGCUGGAGAAGGAGGAGGCUGCGUCAGCAAAUAAAGCAAAAAAGGGCCCGGGACCGAAGAAGGGAGCUAAAAAGGAAACACCCAAAAAGCCCGCGAAAGCUGCUAAGGACGAUGAUAACGAUCAGGACGAUGAGGAAGAGGACGAUGGAACCGAGUAUGAGGUUGAGAAAAUUAUUGACGUCCACUUCAAGCGCGAUGGCACAAGGGAAUAUUUGGUCAGAUGGAAAGGAUUUACAUCGAAGGAUGACACUUGGGAACCUGCCGAUAAUCUCAACUGUCCUCAUUUGAUUGAGAAGUUAAACGAGAAGAUCGACAAAUCGAAGAGUGUCAGUGUGAAGGAACUGCGAGUAACUCGGAAACCGACCGAGAGACUGUCGCUAGCAUUGGGAGGUCGCAAAACUUCUCGCCGUAAUGCCGCCAAGAUUAGAGUCACCUAUUAUGACGGGGAGUAAAUUGAGUGUUCGUCAUGCCAUUUCGGACGCCGCACCAGGAUUCAAACAACUACAUUUUACUGACUUAGAGUCAACCUAGAAAGGAUGAAGCAACGAGCUUACCUCCUGAACCAUUGAUGAGAAAUCUUUUGUUUUAUGUUUCAUGCGAAGUCUACAUCUUCGUUUUCGUCAUUGACGAAUAUUCUUUAUGGGUAGCAAGAAAAUGGAUCCAUAAAUAUAACAGGAAAUUAAAAUAAAACCUAAGAGAAAUUCAAACAUAUAUUUGGCGUAGAAAUAACUUGUAAUAGUUAUAAGAACUAUAACUGUAAUAAACUGUAUCCUACUAAAUGAC